AUGUUUCCCGGCUUUAGCAACUUCUCGUUGGUAGAACUCAGCGAAUACGGCGGGACAGAUAAAGAUCCUUGGCGUGCUUCCGCCCAGAACACGAUUUUGAAGCUUCUUGCGGGCAACAAAGCCAUCGUGGCCACAGCGUUUAGAUUCAAGAAUGCGCUUGCAUUAGUGGAACUCAUUUGCCUCGAUAAAUUAGUCCUAUCUAUUGGCGGUUUCGAUCAGUCACAUGUGGCUAUCGCAGCGAACAGUCACACUGUCUAA